AUGGCUGCCCCGUCCGCCGCGGCGUCCAUCCCCCAUCACGAUGGAUCCGUCCCCGCCCGUCGCGCCCCCGUCCGCGGCUGUAUGCGCCUAUCCGCGCUCGUCGCGUGGUGCCCGUCCGCGCACCUCCAUCCGUGGCCGCCCGCGCGUCGUUCGCGCACCUCCGUCCACGGCCGCCAGCACGCCGUCCGCGCGCACCUCCGCCCCGCCACGAGCGGCCUCGGCUUUGGCGUCUCCAUCGCCUGCCGUGGCCCCGGCGACCCAAACCGCGCCAGCGCCUACGGUCGUGCCCACUGCGGCAAGUGCGGCCCUAUCUUCAGCUUCGGCGGGCGCGCCUCCUCGUUGUUGGCUGUGCCGCCUCACCUGCUCCCUUCGUCGCCCGCAUCGGCAUCAACGGCGACCUCCUACCGCAUCUACGGCAAGGCCGAUGACGACUUUGCCAUCAGCGUUCGCGAAGGCGUCCUCUGCUUCCUGGACACCUUGGUGAUGUCUAGCGCCGAUGAAGCGCUCGAGCACAUGCUGUUUGACAAAUUUGCAGCUGGUGCAAGUUUCAUGAGGAAUAUGCAAGCAAGAGCAGAUUGUGCUGACCUGUUCCUACUCAAGGGAACAUUCAUUAAACGAGAUUCUGCGAUACAGAUCCUCAAGAUGCAAUUGGAAACUAGCCUAUGGACAGAGCUGGGACUGCAGGCUGGUUCAGUUUUCCUUUCUGAUGUCCGUUUCACAAGUGAUGAUUACCUCCAAGUUAAAGUGAGAAUGUUUCCAUCUUCCGGAACAUCCUUCAACGUGUUAGAAGUAACAAGGAUAGGCUUUGAUCUUAGCAAUCAAACAUACAAGCCACCACAAGGUUUUGGACCUUAUUUCUUCGUCGCAGAUCCAUAUGCGCACUUUGCAGGAGCAGAUGACAGUGGAAAAUCAAAGAUAAGUACAGCUUCAUGGGGAACUGCUCAAAAAGGCAGCGGAGGUGCCCCACAGCUGAAAGGGGCAAGGCUUUUUUCUUUUGAUGAACUAAAGACUUGCACCAACAAUUUUGCAGAAAACAAUGAAAUAGGAUCAGGAGGUUAUGGAAAGGUUUACAAGGGAAUACUAGCAGAUGGAACAAGUGUGGCAAUAAAACGAGCAGAGUAUGGAUCGAAGCAAGGUGCAUUGGAAUUCAAAAAUGAGAUCGAGCUGCUAUCCAGAGUCCAUCACAAGAACCUGGUAAGUCUGAUAGGAUUUUGCUAUGAAAAAGGGGAGCAGAUGCUGGUAUAUGAAUAUGUUAGCAAUGGAACAUUAAGACAGAACUUACAAGCAAGAGGAAUUUACCUGGAUUGGAAGAAAAGGCUUAGGAUUGCUCUAGGAUCGGCCAGAGGACUAGCAUAUCUUCAUGAUCUUGCCAAUCCACCUAUUAUCCACAGAGAUGUCAAGUCCACAAACAUCCUUUUAGAUGACAACUUUAAAGCAAAGGUUGCUGAUUUUGGUCUGUCAAAGCUAGUCGCAGACACUGAGAAGGGCCACGUUUCUACUCAAGUCAAAGGAACACUGGGCUAUUUGGACCCAGAGUACUACAUGACACAGCAGCUCUCGGAGAAGAGCGACGUGUACAGCUUUGGCGUUGUCAUGCUUGAGAUACUGAGUGGCAGGCUGCCCAUAUCAAAGGGCAGGUACAUUGUCCGGGAAUUCAGGAUGGCCAUAGACCCCAACGACCAAGACUACUAUGGCCUGCAAGGCAUGGUGGACCCAGCGAUCCAUGAUGCCGCACAUACCACGGGGUUCAGGAGGUUCGUGCAGCUGGCAAUGGAGUGUGUGGACGAGUCGGCCUCGAGCCGGCCCACCAUGAACUCUGUGGUGAAGAAGAUCGAGGCGAUGCUGCACGACGAGGGGCUGAGCUCGGGCAGCUCAUCCACCGUGGAGUUUGAGCACGCAGGGACUGCCUCCGCUUCGCACCUGUAUGGCAGGCCGGUGGUCACGGCCCGCUCGAACAGCAGCGGCAGCAUAGCGGAAGAACCACCCCACCCUGAGCUUAAACAUAGCGAGCCGUAGAGGAGAUUGCUCGA